AUGGCCCCCUUCUUACGGAUAUCUUUCAACUCAUUUGAGCUGGGACCUGUGCAGAAUCAAGGGGAACAACUACAGCCUUUCUGUGCUAUCAAGAUGAAGGAAGCAUUGACUACAGAGAGAGGAAAAACUCUAGUUCAGAAGAAACCUACCAUGUAUCCAGAGUGGAAAUCAACAUUUGAUGCCCACAUUUAUGAAGGACGGGUGAUUCAGAUUGUUCUCAUGAAAGCAGCAGAAGAGCCAUUAUCUGAAGUGACUGUAGGUGUGUCGGUCCUGGCGGAGCGGUGCAAGAAAGGCAACGGCAAAGCAGAAUUCUGGCUUGACCUGCAACCUCAGGGGAAGGUGCUGAUGGCUGUGCAGUAUUUUUUGGAAGAUGCAGACUGCAAACAGCCAAUGCGGGAAGAGGAGGGGACGGUAACUAUGAACAGGAGAGGAGCUAUCAAGCAAGCCAAAAUCCACUACAUCAAAAAUCAUGAAUUUAUUGCUACCUUCUUUGGACAACCUACCUUUUGCUCUGUCUGCAAAGACUUUGUAUGGGGGCUCAACAAGCAGGGAUACAAAUGUAGGCAAUGCAAUGCUGCUAUUCAUAAGAAAUGUAUUGAUAAAAUCAUUGGGAGGUGUACUGGUACUGCAGCCAACAGCAGGGACACAAUGUUUCAAAAGGAACGUUUCAACAUUGACAUGCCUCAUCGCUUCAAGGUUUACAACUACAUGAGCCCUACCUUCUGUGACCACUGCGGCAGCCUGCUCUGGGGGCUGGUCAAACAAGGACUCAAAUGUGAAGAAUGUGGGAUGAAUGUGCAUCAUAAAUGCCAGAAGAAGGUGGCAAACUUAUGUGGAAUAAACCAGAAGUUGCUAGCCGAAGCUUUAAAUCAAGUUAGCCAGAAAUCUACACGAAGGUCCGAAUCUGGGUCUGUAGAAAGUGUUGGUAUUUAUCAAGAUUUUGAUAAGAAACCUAGAGGUCCCGGAGGAGACACAACAGAUAACAGCGAGUACGAUAAACUCUGGGAGGGAAGCACAGCCAAGACAGCAUCACGAAUUGCAAGCAGGAGAAAAUUCAACAUAGACAGCUUUGUCUUCCAUAAAGUACUAGGCAAAGGAAGUUUUGGAAAGGUUCUGCUUGCUGAGCUGAAAGGGAAGAAUGAAUUCUUUGCUAUCAAAGCUCUGAAAAAAGAUGUGGUGCUAAUUGAUGAUGAUGUGGAAUGUACCAUGGUGGAAAAGCGGGUCCUCGCGCUUGCAUGGGAAAACCCAUUUCUCACACAUCUUUACUGCACGUUUCAGACAAAGGAUCAUCUGUUCUUCGUUAUGGAGUUCCUGAACGGGGGAGACCUGAUGUUCCACAUACAAGACAAGGGGCGUUUUGAUCUCUACAGAGCAACGUUUUAUGGAGCUGAAAUCUUAUGUGGGCUACAGUUUCUUCACAGCAAAGGCAUUAUUUAUAGAGACCUAAAACUGGACAAUGUGAUGCUUGAUAAAGAAGGCCACAUCAAAAUAGCUGAUUUUGGAAUGUGCAAAGAAAAUGUUGUUGGCGAAAACAAGGCAAGCACUUUCUGCGGGACCCCAGACUACAUUGCUCCUGAGAUCCUGCAAGGUUUGCGGUACACAUUCUCUGUGGACUGGUGGUCGUUUGGGGUCCUGCUGUAUGAGAUGCUUAUUGGACAAUCCCCUUUCCAUGGGGAUGAUGAAGAUGAAUUGUUUGAGUCAAUCCGAGUGGACACCCCUCACUACCCACGCUGGAUUACCAAGGAAUCAAAAGAUCUAUUAGAAAAGCUGUUUGAAAGGGAUCCAACAAGACGCCUUGGGGUCACUGGGAAUAUCAGAGACCAUCCUUUCUUCAAAACCAUCAACUGGACAGCGCUGGAGAAGAGGGAGGUGGACCCUCCUUUCAGGCCAAAAGUGAAGUCAGCAAGCGACUACAACAAUUUCGACAGAGAAUUUCUGAGUGAGAAGCCAAAAUUGUCUUACAGUGACAAAAACCUGAUCGAGUCCAUGGAUCAGUCUGCAUUUGAUGGAUUUUCUUUUAUUAACCCUAAAUUUGAACAGAUCUUAGACAAGUAAGUCUCUGAACAGAGUGGAACUUUAAAGCAGGGUUAAACAUUAUCAAGCGAAACUCCCAAGUAAGUGUUACACAUUCCAACGAUGCUGUUGAUACUUCAUAAUAAUACACAGUAGUGUGAUUAAUUAUGUCCAACUGC